AUGAUUCUAGAACGUGAACGAGGCUUCAACUUCACUCUGACACGAGACAAGCUGGCCAUGAAUCUUGGCUCCCCACCAAGAAAACAAAAGAAUGCACCAAGCGUAACACCAGCCUCUCCACUUCCAGAAACACCCGCAAGGACAACAACAACAACGUCAACAACAAAGAAGCCAGAGACAGACACGACGCCUUUUCCGCCCUUUGAGUCGCCCGAAGUGACGAGAUAUGAAUUGUCGGCCGAGGACGACCAUCGCGUCGCGACACUCGAAGCGCAGGUCGCAAGUCUGACGCGCAAAGGCGUCGAAGCUGGUGAGUUUGAUUUUGGCUGUUAUCCCUGCCUGUGCGAUUCCUCUCGGUGUAUCUGCAUAUGUACAUCUCACCUCCCUCUAUCCAUCAUAUCUCUGUUCAUUUUCACUAACGCAUCAAACUCCAAACANGCCGACCGCCUCGCCGACUACGAAGAAGAGAUUCGCAACCUCAAAACAAGCCAGAAUCCACGCACCGACUCUCCUCUGGACUUCAUUGCUGCACACCCCUUCCCUGCACCACCGACUUCGCUGAGUCGCAACUCUUCCAUCGCCUCUGGCAAAUUCAGCUUCUUGACUCGCACGUCGUCGCUCACAAAUACGACAAAACCACUCCCCAAGACACCUUCCAAAACUUCUCCCAUGGCACCCGCCGCUGCCUCUCCCGCCAUCUCCGAACUCCAAGCCGCACUCACUGCCGAGACGUCCCGGCGCAUUGCCGCAGAGAAGAAGCUCAAGGAUCUGGAAACCGAGUUGGAAGACUUGUCGGCGACGCUGUUCGAACAGGCCAACGAGAUGGUCGCGACCGAGAGGAAGGAGAAGGCAAAGCUGGAGCACAGAUUAAAGGUUCUCGAGGAGAGGGACAGACUAGGCCAGAAGCGAUUGGAGAUGGUCGAAACCGCGUUGACGAGAAUUGAGCGAGUGAAGAAGUUGUUGGAUGGUUGA